AUGUUUAACAAUAUGUAUCCAUAUCUGGGUUAUUCAACCAAUUUCACAACAACUCCGUCUUCAGCUUCAAACAAGGGUUCCCAAUCAUCCAAGAACCAGCUGCUGCUGCAAACAUCACCGGGCUCUCAACAACAGCAGUCUACGCCAGGACACUUGACAUCUCCUCCUGGAGCAAGACAACAGCCUUUUAUUGGAAAUACCGCCAACUCCGCGUCAUAUUUCAAUAGAGGCGUUGGAGCCAAUUCUACUCCUACAAGCUCUUCAACCAAUACGCGUGGUGUUCCACCUUUGGGUCAAAUACCAGCAAGGUCAACAUACGGUAUACAGUCGUUAACUGGCUUAGGAACCCAUCCAAGCCAGUACCUGAUUUCGCCACAACAACAAGCUCAGCAACAAGCUCAACAAUCUCAACAAUCUCAUCAACACCAACAGGGCCAUAACACUAACCUUUACUAUGCUCCCCCAACUUCUCACUCGGGCACACCUCAAAUCUUUAGUGCCCAAUCACAAAACGACCACCCUCAACAAAUGGAUCCUAAACAGUUGCAAAAGUUUACUCCACAACAGCAACAAUAUCACCAACAAGCUCAAUAUUACCAGCAACAGCAAUCACCACAACAGCAGGGACAUUCUGGACAGCAGCAGCAACAGCAACACCCGCAAAACUACCAACAGCAACAGCAGAUACAACACCAACACGAUGGCUCUUCACAUGUUGCUUCGGGCGUUUCUCAUAAUUCAUCUGGUGUAGCUGCUGCUGCUGUUUCAGCCACUGGAGGAGGUAAUACAGCUGCUGGUGAUCAAAAGGUUAAGAAGCCAAGAAAACCAAGGGCGACCAAAAAAGAGAUGGAAGAGAAGAGAAGGUUGCUUUUGGAAAAAGAAGCCUUGAGAAUUCAACAAGGAGGAUCUCCUGUAUUGAAAGAUGACUCAGCCAACACUGGUGGUAAGAAAAAGAGAGGGCGUCCAAAGAAGUUCAUUCUUGACCCAGCAACUAAUACCAUGAUUGACUCUACCCAUCCAAAUUUCAAGCAGUUGAAUAAGAUCUUGAAGGAGAGAGAAGGUAAUGCUACUGCUAAUGAUGCAGCCGGAACCCAGCCUGAGUAUGUGUCCCAAUAUAAUGAGAAUGUGACAAUCCAGCAGCAGCAGCAGCAACAUCUUCACCAUCAACAACAACUUCAGCAACAACACCAUCAGCAGCAACUCCAACAACAACAACAACAGCAACAGCAAGAACAAUUGAAACUCCAAAAGCAGCAACAGAAGCUGAAGCUGAAACAAAAGCGUCAGCAGAAGCAGCAGCAACAAGAGUUGGAACAACAGCAACAGCAACAUAAUGCUGCUGCUGCUGCUGCUGCUGCUAAUGGCUUAUCUGAAAUGGACUUUCAACAAUUGUUGAAAAAGAAGGAUAAACGAGGUAGACCCAGGAAAUUUCCAGUUGAGCAAACUGGUAUCACGAUCAAGGGCGUCAAGAUUAAUGCCAAGAAGUAG